UAUGAGGCCGGGAGCGGCAAGGACGGUCGACCCAGCUCACUCGGGAGGCAGAGAGAUUGGGGAGGCGGGUGGGGACGGCGGCGGAGGGGAGGAGGAAGAGGAGGAAGAAGAAGAAGUGGGCGAAGAGGAGGAGGAUGCCGGCGCCUCCGUUGGCUCUCCUAUUUCGACGGUUCCAUGGAGGACGGCAGGGCGCGGGAAAGCUGUAGUGGGGCGGCCGACCCUUCCCUUCCCAAAGGCGCGAAGCAAAUUCAUGCCCCAUUCCUGACUUUAAGUAUCAAAGAGGCGAGAGGGGAGCAGCAGACGCCCCUUCCGAGCUGAACCCUCCAAACUUUCCCGCCGCGCUCGCUCCUCUGAAGCGACCGCCUGCGCUUGGUGCGCCUCAGCCUCCCGGCCGCUUCAUCCAAAGAAAAUAAACCGAACGCCCGCUCUGCCUUUUGCCCACCAUGCCUUCCCUUCUCUUCCUCAGCUGCUGCUUCUGCAGCCUGGCAGCUUGGCUGCUCUUGGCCACCCCCGCCCCCGGCAGCGGCGCUCCGGGCUCGGAGAAGGAGGUGGCGGCGGCGGCCGAGGAAGAGACCGCGCUCCGGGUGCUGGUGCUGCUGCCCAAAGACGACGCGUACCUGUUCUCGCUGGCGCGGGUCAAGCCGGCCAUCGAGUACGCGGUGCGGAGCCUGGAAGCCAACGGCUCGCUCCUGCCGGCGGGCUACAAAUUCCGCCUUUUCUACAGCGACUCGGAUUGCGGCAACCGGGCGCUCUUCAACCUGGUGGAUAUGAUCGCCUUGAAGCGGGAGUGGCCCGACCUGCUGCUGGGGCCGGUGUGCGACUACGCCGCCGCGCCGGUAGCCCGGCUGGCUUCCCAUUGGAACCUGCCCAUGAUCUCGGCCGGCGCGCUGGCCGCGGGCUUCAGCCCCAAGACGGGCGAGUUCUCGCACCUGACCCGGGUGUCUCCGGGCUACGCCAAGAUGGGCGAGAUGUUCCUGGCGCUUUUCCGCCACCACAAGUGGAGCCGCCUCCUGCUGGUUUACCACGAAGACAAGGAGCAGCGCAGCUGCUUCUUCGCCGCCGAGGGGGUCCACCUGGUCUUCCGAGAGGCCGGCUUGCACCUGGACGACUUCGCCUUCGAAGAGAGCGGCAAGUACGCGGACGACGUGGUGCGCGCCAUCCAGGGCGGCGAGAGAGUUGUGAUCAUGUGUGCCAGCAGUGACGCAAUACGGAACAUCAUGUUGGCUGCACAUCGGCAAGGAAUGACUAGCGGAGAUCAUGCUUUCUUCAAUAUUGAACUUUUCAACAGUUCGUCAUAUGGGAAUGGUUCAUGGAGGAGAGGAGACAAAUAUGAUCUUGAAGCAAAGCAAGCUUACUCAUCCCUCCAGACAGUCACACUACUAAGGACAUUGAAACCCGAGUUUGAAAAGUUUGCUAUGGAAAUGAAAAGUUCUGUUCAGAAACAAGGAAUCCAUCAUGAUGAUUAUGUGAACAUGUUUGUUGAAGGUUUCCAUGAUGCCCUAGUUCUCUAUGUUCUGGCUUUACGGGAAGUUCUGAAGAAUGGCUUCACAAAGAAAGAUGGAGAUAAGAUUGUUCAUCAGACAUGGAACAGGACAUACGAAGGCAUUGCAGGGCCAGUAUCGAUUGAUGCCUCUGGAGAAAGGUUUGGAGAUUUUUCUGUGGUUGCCAUGACUGAUCCUGAAACUGGAACACAGCAGGUAAUUGGAAACUAUUAUGGAAAACAGGGACGACUUGAAAUAAUUCCAAGUGCAAAUUACCUGUGGGAGCAAAGACUGAAAAUAGAUGAUAGCCGAGGAUUGGAGCACACGAGCAAUGCAGCCUGCAAAUCGUGUGGCGUAGGAGAAUCAGCAGUUACUGGAAUAGUUGUAGGUGCCUUGCUAGGAGCAGGAUUGUUGAUGGCCUUCUACAUUUUCAGGAAAAAGUACAAAAUAACCAUUGAAAGAAGAAAUCAGCUGGAAGAGUACAACAUCGGCAAGCACCGACAGUUACGAGAAGACUCUAUCAGGUCUCACUUUUCUGCUGCAUGAAAUAGAAAAGAAUUGCUCUUGUGGGGAAUAUCUGUAGACAAAUGGACGCUACCAAAGACUGCCACUGAAAAAAAAGAAGUGUGUUCAGGACUCCACCUUUUAAAAGUAGAGUCACUUGUCUUAAUUUUUUUUUCCAGAAACUCAGGAAUGAUUUACUAGCCACAUUAUGCCACAUGGCCUUUUUUUUUAUCUCAUGGAAAGAUGAAAGUUUAAAAGAAAAGAUACCCGUUUUCUCACGACAAGACAUUAUUAAUACUUUGUGGAUAUCUCAAGGCAGAUUUGGGGUCUUGAUGAUGUAAACAUUCCUUCAUGAGGCCUUGCGAAUGUCAGGUGGUUCUUCGCUGCAUCACACACCAGAUGCUUAAGUGCUUUCAUAGACAAAGGGGCAGCUUCGCAUACGGAACAAAAUACGUUCUGAAUUGAAUGGUGGAGACGGGAUGGGGGGAAAAAGAGUGUGUGGCUUGUUCAAUGCAAUAUAAUUUUGGAAAAUGAACAAUCAUGCAUCUCAUCAACAGUGGAAGAAAAUGAGGGUUUAAUACUGAACACCAGUUUACGUCUCACAUUAGUUUUGAAAUUGUUCUGUAGUGAUUCCUAGGGAUAUUCUCUCACUAAUCUAUUAUUAAUAUAAGAAAGAGAGCUUUUAUCCAUGAGAAGGGAAAAUUCUUUUUCAAAUAAAUUCCACUUUACCCUGAAUUUUUAUUUUGAGGAAGUUUCCCCACCCACAUUACUUCCACCUCCAGGGGAAGUGCUUCCUGACUUUAGAUCCAUCGUCUCCAGCUUGUUGCUCUCAAGAUGUCUGAAGCUGUAGCUCCCUAAAUUUUCAGCAUCGCUGUUAGGAAUCUGACCAAUUAUAAUCAUACUUUGAGAGCCAGCAUAGAACAGUGGUUUAGACUUGGCCUAGGAUCUGGAAGACUCCAGUUCAAGUCCAUCCCUGGACCUCUUUGAAUGACUUUGCACAAUUUUGUUUGGGUCCAACCUGCCCCAUAAAGGUUUUGCCAUAUGGAUAAAAUUAGAGGAAUCAAUAUGAAAUAUCACCAAGAUCUGACAUGAUAAAUUCAUAAUCUGUCUAGACAUUGUAGGUUAUUUUAGAAAUUUGGUAUAAGGUUCACACAAAAGGGUUUUGGAGGAAAGAGAUGCAGUUUUAGGCCAGCUGUAUACAUAAAUUAACAUAAAGUGGUGGAAUCCUGAAGUUCGGGUUUUCUACUUCAGAAUGCAAAUGACCUGAAUAUUUUCCUAGAUAGGAAAAAAAGUUAAGGUAUUUGAAAUAUUUCAGAGAAGAUAGUUCAGGGGUGUUAAACUCAAGGCCUGGGGGCCGGAUCCAGCCUGCAUGGCCGCCCUGGAAACAGCAAAGGACUGGCCUGCGGUGCCUCUGCCAGUGAAAACGGAGCUUAGGCGGGCCAUGCGUGGCCCUCCCAGACUCUGUUUUCGGCUGUGACAGACUCCUGCGUGUCCCCGCCCCCCCCCCCCCCCCGGCGAGCUCCGAUUUUACUGGCAGAGGGCUGCAGGAGGCCGUCACAGCCAAAAAUGGAGCUCAGGAGGCUGUUUUUGCUGGCAGAGUGCUGAGGUCACAAUAGGCACCUCCCUCCCCGACAAGAGUGAUGUCAAACUGGCCAUGCCCACACUGGUCCCCUGAGGUCAAAUACAACACUGAUGCGGCCCUCAGUGAAAUCAAGUUUGACAUCCCUGUUCUAGCUAAUCCUCUCAGUAGUGGAUUAGUGGGCGUGAACUGGAUUUCUAUAAAGCAUUUAAAGUUUGAAAGAAUCCAGCAGAUUCUACCAUCUGGAUGCCUAUCUCAUAUACUUGAUAUGUAAAUCAGAUUUUACAGCUGCCAUUGACUCAAAUCAAAAUCUCUGCUUCUAAUCAAAGUGCAUGCUGCUCUUUACACAAAUAGUUCUCGACUUACAACCAUUCGUUUAGUGACUGUUGGAAGUUACAACGGCACCGAAAACAUUGACUCAUCACCAUUUUUCUGAUGGUUGUUGCAGCAUCCCCAGGGUCACCUGAUCAAAAUUCAGGUGCUUGGCAACUGGCAAGGAUUGAUGAUGGUUGCAAAUCACCUUUUGCAACCUUCCAACAAGCAAAAUCAGCAGAGAAGUCCGAUUUACUUACCAACCAUGUUACUAACUUAACUUCAAUGAUUCACUUAACAACCGUGGCAAGAAAGAUUGUAAAUGGGGCAAAAGUACUUAACAGCUGUCUUGCUUGGCAAUGGAAAUUUUGGCCUCAGUUUUAGUUGUAAAUUGAGGAUUACCUGUAUGGGCAUGCUUGAUAUAAAUGGACACACAUAUGUACACACCAUUGGAAAUUCAGGUGAAAUUCUUCUCUGAAUGGUGUUGGUCCUUACAUCUGUAAUUGCCACUGCUGAAAUUUAAACUAAUGAGGAAAGGAGCCCUCGGUGAAUGUAAAAUGAUAGCAAACCCCACUCCUUAAUAGCACUGAUGAUGUUUACUAAUGUGGUGAAUGAAACAUCUGCAAGAAAACAAACAAGCUCAGAGAGCACCAACAACCCCUCAUUUCAACCCUGAGCUACAAAUAUUUUUCUCUAGUACAACCAAUGAGAUGCUUGGCCCCCACAGUUGUGUCCUAUGUGUCAGGGUUCCUCAAAGAAUAAAUUUAUUUGAUAUGUCAUAUUGGCACAGGCUGGUGAAAACUGACUCUGAAGGUUCCCGCAGUUUUCAUCUAAUUAAAAGUAAAAGUUUUCCCCCUCCCCAAACAUUUAGUCACAUGAUCCAAUCAAGGCACUGUCUGGUUGCCUAGUGACAUGACUCCUUCCUUUGACCAGGUGUGAGAAUGUCCUUGGUUCCCAAGAGAAAGUAUUUUAUUUUGGCUACAAAAUGCCAGUUAUCUCUAAUCCCCACCUCUCUAUCCCUCAGCUCCAGUAUGGCAACAUUGAAGCUCCAAGAUGGCUUUGGUCAGGUCAGCUUCACAGUUGACACUGUGCAGCUGUGAGAAUCCUGAUGUCUCCCUCUCCCCAAAGCAACUGGAUUUCAAAACCAGGCUGUCACUCAAAUGUUCCAUUGAAAACUGUGGUAGUUAUGAGGAAAAAAAGUGUAGAAUCAGGUUGCAAUACAACAUCUACCCUCUAGAGUUUUUCCUAGGGUGCAAAUACCCAACUGCCAACCUAGAGCCUUGGAUGCAGCCCAAAGUUUGUAAAUAUCACAUGGCAGAAUAGUUUUGUACAGCAAUGGAAGUCCCAAGUACUUGGUUGUAUAAAAAUGAUAUUAACAUUUUAUUUUUAGGUAUUCCUAUAUUUUUCUAUUAGAAAAAUGGUUAUCUAUUUGGGAUAUCUGUUCCACUUUGGAAAAGAUAUCUGUUUGGGAUCUCUGCUUAUGUUGGAAAAUUAAAUGAAGAGCAUGUGUGAAAAGCUAUUUUUUUUCUUUUUUAAGUUUGAAUAUUCAUGAGCAGAGAACUUAGAUUCAAUGAAAGUCUAAACUUUUAUAUCAACAUGGUCAUAGGCUGAUCUUCCCCCUUUCCCUUCUUUCUGUCCACAGUAACAAUGCAUAAGAAUUGAAAGUUGAUGCUCAUAUCUUGAAUAGAAAAGAAGAGCAGGUUUACACAGGAGUCAGUUUGCCUUUAUUUACAAAAACAUACACAGAGAAACAAUAAAUUCUGUUUUUUAAAAAUUCCUUGGAUUAGCUUUCUGUCUAGUGCUCUUAAAUUUCAAUCUUUGUGCUUCAGUUCAAUUGAACAGUGAGGGAAUUCUUUUAUCCAAUUGAAAUGGAAGUGAUCCUAAAUAUACAUUACAUUGUAGUCCAAAUAAUAUAUACAGUGCUCAGACAAGUAUACUAAAAAUUAAUUUAAGAAUUAAGUAAUUAUCAAGUAGUUGCCCGAUUCAAGAGAAAAACAAGACAGAAAAUCACUUUUGGGGCACGUGUCACUGAACCAGUAGCUUUUGGUGAAAAUGGUCAAGUGUUCCCAAUUUCAUAGAAAUUUCCAGAAUAUUCGGUUAUUUUUAUGCAGAUUUUUAUAAAUAAAAAUAAAUUUUAAAAAAAUUCAGUCACUUUUACUAGUAAACAUUGGAUUAAUUCAAUGUAAUCCAUGCAGAACUUUUACCAACCAUUUCUGAAGAAACAUGCAUUGAAUUGCACUAUUAAAUACUGUAUAUACGAUUUUCCUCUUUGGUAUUCCUUAGACCCAGCUCUGAGACAUGAAAUUCAAGAGAAUCUUCCCCAAAGUAGUGAAUUGGAGUGUUUCCAUUUCAAAUCAAUGCCUAUACUUCUAUAUAAUGUUAAAGCCAACACUUAAGUUUGAAAGUGAUUUAAUUUAAUUAACUGAUUAUCAUGACAUGCAAAAAGACUUUUUUAGCUGUGUAGUUUUUGAGGUAUACUCAAAGUAACUGUGGUAAAUACAAAAUACAAUUCUGCUUUGAAAAAAAUACUUGCAUUUAAUAAUGAUAAAAUUCAGAUAUUUAUUCCUACUUGUUGACUUGGAUCCCAAUAUACUCAGUGGGCUUUAGACAAAUCUAACAGAAGUUUCCCUGAUUUCAGAGACUUGUUUUAAAUCUGGCUUAACUGAGUCUUGAGAUUUAGACUUCAAUAAACACUAAUAAGAAAGUAAGACCGAAUGAAAGGCUAUGGGAGAAGGACAGUUGAAAAAAAAAUAACAAUAUUUCACAAUUAUUCUACAAUAAUUGUAUAUAAAUAUUAACCCUUACAAAGUUGAUCCUGGAAUGUGGAUGUUAUAGGGAGAAGAUUGUGGAUUUAGCUCUGAAGAACAAAAAUAGUAAACAUAGGUUUUCUGUUAAAGAAGCUUCUUUAGUAAAUAGUCGACAUGAGGCUUUCUCAAACCAGUAACUUGGUUUUCUAAUACAACAUUCAAUUAAUACUAUUUAAUUGAUGCAUGCAUUUUAGAGCAUUAUGAACAUAUGUUUAAAGCUGUUCCUUGCACAUUUUACAUUAACCACUAUUGUUAAUGCUAUUCACCAAAGAUAAAAAUUUUAAACCAGCAAGAAAAAUGAUACUAGGUUAUAUUGUAGGUUUACUAAAUAAACGCAGUCACGAUUACACAAAAUACCCUCAUAAUUUUGAUAUUGCUCAGAGUCACAUAUUAAUCCACAGUAUCUGUACUAGGGGGAUUCACAAUGGCGGAAUGUGUUAUGUGAAUAAAAUGCUUUCUUAGUGUAUUUACUGUGUUAUUUUUCUAAAAAUGCAUUGAAGCCUGUUUUAAAAAAUGAGUGAAAUUUUCU